CUGUACUCAAGAAUGGAAACCACAUGCUAAUCUUUGUUUGGUUUCUUUCUGUUUUUUUUUUGUUUUGCAGGGGCAAAUUCGCCGCCGUUCGCCGUGCCAUUCACAAGAACACGGGCUCCCAUUUCGCGGCAAAGUUCCUGAAGCGACGCCGACGCGCACAGAGCAGCGACAAGGAGAUCAAACACGAGAUCGCCGUCCUAAUACUCUGCGAGGGCGAGGACAACAUUGUCAAUCUGAAUGCGGUGCACGAGACCCGUUCGGACACAGCCCUGCUGCUGGAACUGGCCACUGGUGGCGAGCUACAGACCAUACUGGACAACGAGGAGUGCCUGACAGAGGCCCAGGCCCGCCACUGCAUGCGAGAGGUGCUGAAGGCUCUCAAGUUUCUCCACGACCGAUCCAUUGCCCACCUGGACCUCAAGCCACAGAACAUUUUGCUCGCCGGCGAGCGUAUAGAAGAUGGCCUCAAGCUCUGUGACUUUGGGAUCUCGCGCGUUGUGUGCGAGGGCAUCAAUGUCCGCGAGAUGGCCGGCACACCCGACUACGUGGCCCCCGAGGUGCUCCAGUACGAGCCGCUCUCCCUGCUGACGGACAUCUGGUCCGUGGGCGUUCUCACCUAUGUCUUGCUCUCCGGCUUCUCGCCCUUUGGCGGGGACACCAAGCAGGAGACCUUCCUCAAUAUCUCGCAGUGUGCGCUCACCUUUCCGGACAACCUAUUCGGCGGCGUCUCGCCAGUGGCCAUCGAUUUCAUACGCCGCGCAUUGCGAAUUAAGCCAAACGAUCGCAUGAGUGCCGCCGGGUGCCUGGAACAUGUCUGGCUGAAGGAUGAGAGCUCGAUGGAUAGACAAAUGUAUCUGCAGGCUCAGAGCGAUGCCGAAGAGGAGGAGGAGGAGGAGGAGGAGGAAGACGACCUUGAGGAUGAGGAAGUUGAGCAGCCAGUGGCCGAGGAGAAGGCAGAGGAGCAGGAACAGCAUCAGCAUCAGCAGUCACAGGAACAACAAAAGCAACAGAAGCCCAGCAGUGGCAGCAACAAACCCACGCACAAUGGCCACCAUCGGGCCCACAGCAAUGGGAGCAGUAGCAGCAUCUCAAAGAUACCCAUUGCCACCGGGAAGCUCCUGGGAAGCCCCAUAAGCAGCACCAGCACCAGCAACAGCACAGAGACAACGACAGCCAUACACACGCUGACCAGCAAUGGACACGGACAGAGCAACACGGUCUGCCUGUCCGCCAAGCCCACUCAGAUCGUGACACCCACACGUCGAGCCUCCGACUCGGACAAGGAGAACACAUACACGGCGACAUUUGUGAAGAAGCCCCCGGUGCAGGCCACCAUCCAGCUGGGUAGCAACGGCCUCGACGAGUCCGCCACAGUGGUGGCCACCCUGACACUCUUUCCCGAUGCGCCCACCACACCGAAGGUGAUCCGCAAGACACCCACGGGAGAGUCGCAUGGAUCGGCCACCUCGGUGAAGGCUCUGGUCAAGAAGUUUCAGCUGGAGGAGACGCUAGUCUGCCCCGGACACAGCAGCACCAGCAGCCACAACGGCCACAGUCCCGUCAACGGGUGCGGCGGCAGUAGCGGGAGCAGCAACGGCAACGGCAACAAUAUGCGACGCAGUGCAGGAGGAAACAGCAGCAACAUCAGCUACUCGGCAGCAGCCGCGACAGCAGCUCGAAUGAACAGCAUUCGCCGCGCCUCCGACCCGCUGAUGGCCGUCUAUAAGAAGCAGCCACAGAACAGCAGCGCCAACAGCAAUAGUUCCAACAGCAACAGCAACAAUCCCAGCCCCGGCAGCAGUCCCAGCUCGGGCAGCACGGCCACCCUGCUCCUGAACAGCCAUCGCCUGGCGUCCGCGUCCGCGUCCGGGCCAGCCAGCACGGUCGCCAGCACCGCUGUAGCCUCAAGCAGCAGCACCAAAGCUACUGCCACUGCCCACCAUCUGCACCACCACCACAUGCACCACCACCACCAUCACCAUCACCACGUGGUGAUCGCCGCAAAGAACGCCGCUGCCGUGGCCGCCACCAACAACCUGAGCCUGGACCAGGGUAUCAUCUGUUAGCUAAGGGCCAGCCGUGCGAGCCGCAAUGCCAAAAGUUUCUUUCAUCGCCUCCUCUGCUGCAUGUAACAGAGCCCGACCCGGCCCGGAUCCCCCCAGUUGUCACCCAGUCCCAGAGGGCAGCGAAGCAGCAGCUCUCCUAGCCGCUGGUCUACUAGGAAAGAGUGCCACCGCCAGCCCACUGGGCGAUCGCAUUGGAUAGCCAAUGGUGAUGGCAAUGGCAAUGGCAAUGGUUUUGGGAUCAGGUGCUGCAGCGGAAGAUGGCGAUGGGUAGGGAGCAGGAGCCGGAGAUGGAAAUGGAGAUGGAGAUGGAGAGAGGAACAGCUGGAUCAUCAGGAGGAUGCAUUGAUUUGAUUUGAGUUCGUCUUAGUAAAUGUUUAUUGCCUUAGCGUCUAAGGAGAGGAAAGGAAAGCCCCCUCCCCAGCCCCCCUUCUAAGUUAGUACUAGUAUACCCGACCCCCCCCCUCACCAUCUACAUGCACACACACACACACACACACACAGAGACAGGAAGGAGAAAGUGGAAAAUGGGAAUCCAGGAUGGAGGAUGAUGGAUGAUGGAUGUAGCUAAAUCUAAACGAGUUUUAUAUAGUCUAAAUCGAGUUGGCAGCUCUGCGGCCGCAUUGGCAAAACAAAACAAAACAAAAGAAUGAAUUAAGAAACGAAAGAGAUCUACGGUAGUGCAGAAAAGAAUAUAGAGAGAACGAGAGAAAGGGGAGACGUUUUAGUGGAGUAAGAAAAACGAUUUCAACGGAAUUUUGGUAGACAUAUCAUUCAUGUUUGUUACACAUAUACAUAGAUGCGUGUCCGGUGAAACGAGAAGGAACACGGAACGGAACGGAAUGGAAAUCCAUUGUUUCAACGAACAUUAACGCAAAUGUCAAUUAGGGCGUUCCGGCAUAGCAUAAAUUAUACAAUUAUACGUUAUAUGCGUUAUAUAUAUAUAUAUAUAUAUAUACAUACAAGAAGAAUACAUAAACCUAUAUAUAACAUAAUAUACUAUGUACCAAAAAGAUAGAUUCAUUUUUAAUGCUAUAACAAAAACAAAAACAAAAACAAAACGAAACGAAAUUUGUUGCAAAUAUCACACGUAUUAACGUAUCAGCCAAUCAAGCAAUCAAUCAAUCAUAUAGACGUGUUGUUCGAUUAAAGGAAAUUUUAGAGAAUGUUAAAAGCCAAGCAAAAUUGUUAAUUGUGUGUCUGUGUGUGUUCGUUCGUUCGUUCGUUCAAAUCGUUAAAGUCGUUUGAUAAAUGUUGCUAAAAUACAUACAUAUAAUACAUAAUACAUAUUGCAUAGAAAGCCCCCAUAUAUAACGUUAAUAUGUCUGCCCAUCCGGAGAGAGAGAGAACAUUUAAUGCUUAUAUUAUGUAUGUAUCUAGGUCUAGCUCUAUUCCUAUUCCUAUCUCUAGCCCCCGCUUCCCACUCGUUUCGUUUCCCCCCCCAUACCCACACCCACACCCACAUCCACAUCCACAUUCACACCCAUUUCCACUGUUUUCCUUAUGUUGAGUCGGUUUUUGUAUAUAUUUCCCAGCAAUCAGAAUCAGAAUUUGCUGUGUACCUUACAUGUAAUUCUUCUAUUUUUUUUUUUUUUAAUAGUAUCUUAGAGCUUCAUACGAGUUGUAUUUAUUAGGCAAAACGUUUUGUGUGGUCGACGGAUGAGGAUGAGGACAAGGAUGGUCAGUUAAUUGUUAAAGAGAAAUGCUUAAUUUAUCGUCACUGAUUACCCUACCCUCUUUUAUACUUAAUAAUUGUGUGUACUUCUCUUAAUUAUUACUAUUAAAUAUAUACGUUCUUUUUUUUUUAAACUUAAACCCCUGUUUUUGUGUUUACUGUACAUGUACGCGAGUAGUGGCGAACAGGCGCGAAAGCAGCCCCCACACAUGCAUACAGAUUUAAGUGAGUCCAAGCGGAUGAAACGAUGCGAAAAUUGUGUUUUAAUUUCUAGUAAUUUCAAAUGAUUUUUUUGUAUCUGCGGUGAGGAGAACACGAAACAAAGAUGCAAAUUCUAUUAUACAUGUAUUCUAUUACAUAGUAAUUAUUUUAUAGAUAACUAAUUUAAAGUAUAUUCAAUAAAAA